GAUGGUGUAUCCGGGAGGAGCCUCCAGAGACCAAGAGGGAUAGGUAAACCCGGCGCGCAGCCGGCGACACGCUGGGCCAACGAAGUCUGGGGUCUUGGCGCGGAGUUCAUGGGCCGCUGGCCAGGCUUGCGCCAGUGGCUUUGGAUCCCAGGCCCGCUUUCCCCCACCCAGCCUCCAGAGCAGCGCUGGCCUGCUCCCCACACUCCGCAGCACCGUCCCGGGAGCCGAGCGUCGGCGGGGAGGCCGCCUCUCCGCAGUAGGUCUCGGCGGUCCUGAUCCCCUGGAGGCGCGCGUGUGGCACACGCCCAGGAGGGGCUUGAUUUUUGUUGAUGUAUACCCUAUGUUUCCCCAUCACUCGAGGAGUCUGGGCAGAGACUGGACUACACCGUGGGAGAAUCUACAAAGGUGUUGCUGGAACAGACAUAUUUCUAGUUGUAUGAGGUGGCCUGGACAUUACUCUCAAGCUCCUUACCCAUACUUCAGUAGUAGGCAUUUUUCACUAAAUUGGAGACCACCCUGUUUGUUUGAGUCUAGAACUCAGUUCCAGUACUGUAACUGGAGACCUGACAACCUGAGCCAGACAUCUUUGAUUCAUCUCUCUAGUUACAUCAUGAACGCUGAGGGAGAUGAGCCUUCAUCAAAACGAAGAAAACACCAAGGCGUGAUAAAGCGGAAUUGGGAAUAUAUAUGUAGCCAUGAUAAAGAAAAAACGAAGAUCCUAGGAGACAAAAAUGUUGAUCCCAAAUGUGAAGACAGUGAGAACAAGUUUGACUUUUCAGUGAUGUCCUAUAAUAUACUUUCACAAGAUUUACUGGAAGAUAACUCUCACCUUUAUAGACAUUGCCAGCGGCCAGUAUUACACUGGAGUUUUAGGUUUCCCAAUAUUCUGAAAGAAAUUAAACACUUUGAUGCAGACGUACUUUGUUUGCAAGAAGUUCAAGAAGAUCAUUAUGGAGCAGAGAUCAGGCCAAGUUUGGAAUCACUGGGUUAUCACUGUGAAUAUAAGAUGCGGACAGGAAGGAAACCUGAUGGCUGUGCUAUUUGCUUCAAGCAUUCCAAAUUUUCACUCUUGUCAGUGAACCCAGUGGAAUUCUUCCGCCCUGAUAUUUCUCUGUUGGACAGAGACAAUGUUGGAUUAGUUUUACUCUUGCAACCCAAAAUUGCAUGUGCUGCCUCUCCUGCGAUCUGUGUAGCAAAUACCCAUCUGUUGUAUAAUCCAAGGCGAGGUGAUAUUAAGCUGACCCAAUUGGCAAUGCUACUGGCAGAGAUUUCCAGUGUUGCUCACCAGAAAGAUGGCAGCUUCUGCCCUAUUGUUAUGUGUGGUGACUUUAAUUCUGUUCCUGGUUCUCCACUAUAUAGUUUCAUAAAGGAAGGAAAAUUGAAUUAUGAAGGACUUCCCAUAGGAAAGGUAUCUGGCCAGGAACAGUCUUCACGGGGACAAAGAAUUUUAUCUAUUCCAAUUUGGCCCCCAAACCUAGGUAUCUCACAGAACUGUGUGUAUGAGGUACAGCAGGUACCAAAAGUAGAAAAGACAGACAGUGAUCUGACACAAACACAACUGAAGCAAACAGAGGUCCUAGUGACAGCUGAAAAAUUAUCUUCAAAUUUACAGCACCAUUUCAGCUUGUCAUCUGUUUAUUCACAUUACUUUCCUGACACUGGAAUUCCAGAAGUGACCACCUGUCAUUCCCGAAGUGCCAUAACUGUGGAUUAUAUUUUCUACUCUGCAGAAAAGGAAGAUGUUGCUGGGCACCCAGGAGCUGAAGUUGCUUUGGUUGGUGGCUUGAAACUUCUAGCUAGACUGUCACUUCUUACAGAACAAGACUUAUGGACUGUUAAUGGACUUCCAAAUGAAAAUAACUCUUCAGAUCAUUUGCCUUUAUUGGCAAAGUUCAGACUUGAGCUCUGACUACUUUGAUCACAUACUAAUUUUCUUUCCAAUUUGUAUUGUUUUUCAAAGAAUGUAAAGUUCUUAAGUGUAUGCAUGUUGUUUAUUUUUGCACUGUGGAGUUUCUCAGGGGGUUAUGUUAGAUGCUUUGAAACUCCAUAUCAGAAGAAGCAACUUUAUAACAAUUUUUUUAAUAAUGAAAAAUAUUUUUCUGACAAGUGAGAUCUAAAUACUCUAUUGUAAAAGAGAUGUAAAGGUUUUGUAUUCUAAAUCCUAGUAAAAUUGACAGUGAUUUUUAAAUAUAAUGCAUCUUCCUUUGUCUGCUUGUAAAAAAUUUCAUUUCAUAAAUUUUGGUGAGCUCUGUAGUGGAUCCAAAAUAUCUUUGAGUUCUUGCAAACUAUAAGUGGUUUCUUUCUAGAAGGCUUGAUUUCAUUAGGAGACCCCUCUAUUGAGUUCUAAAUAGUUUAUCUUAGAAAUCCUUGGGUCAUUCACAGGUAUCCAACCAGCCAUUGUUUAGUUUGUUUUUGAAGGGGUUUGAUAAUGCUUUUUAAGUUGUACAGAAUGUUUAAUCCAUCAUAUUACUGUCCUGAGCCAUGUAAUAUGCCUGCAUCGUGUUGGGGAAAUGUUUGGGAAAUGUAAGUCAGCAUAACGUGUAAAGCUCACUCUUUCACCCUGGAACAGACAGAGGUGGGCUUAAUAGAGGCAGAGACUGGGGAUAUACCUUUGUUUCCCUAGCAUUUUUAUUUAUUUAUUUUUAAUUUAUUUUUAUUUUUUUUUGAGAUGGAGUUUCACUCUUGUUGUCCAGGCUGGAGUGCAAUGGUGCGAUCUCUGCUCACUGCAACCUCUGCCUCCUGGGCUCAAGCGAUUCUCCUGCCUCAGCCUCCCGAGUAGCUGGGAUUACAGGCAUGCGCCACCACUCCCGGCUUAUUUUGUAUUUUUAGUAGAGACGAGGUUUCUCUAUGUUGGUUAGGCUGGUCUCAAACUCCCGAGCUCAGGUGAUCCGCCCACCUCAGCUUCUCAAAGUGCUGGGAUUAUAGGCGUGAACCACUGCAGCUGGCAGCAUUUUUUAAAAAUUCAGUUGUAAGAUCUCUGGGUUAGGGGAGAGAUUUUAUUUUACUGAAACAGUUCUGUAGAAAUUUAUUUUAUUAGGAAAUUUGUCUUUGGAACAAAAUGGCAGCUAUAAAAUUGUUUUUGUUAUGCCUCAGAAAUAUGAGGAAGCCUGUAAAACUCUAGUGGGAAGAUAUUAACUUGGAGUCCUAAUACUCUGUAAAUAGUCAUUAAACUGUUGGUUUUAGUGGUUUUGUUUCUAAAAUGUUUUCUUUCACAGUGAUGCACCAGUGUGAGAUGGUGCUGACACUUUCUAUGAAGUGGUUAUGAGUAGGUUUAAUAAAUCCUAUAUACAAGUGUUUGAAUCGAUUUUAAAACAUAAAAAGUGGAAAUUUCCUUCUUUGUAGACAGUAGGAACAAGGAAUUACAUGCAUUUUUACUAAGUAGUAAUUUUACACUGAAUUAUAAAUGUUUUUACAGUGUUUUAUUAAUAGAAUGCUUCACCUUAAAUUGGAAAAUAAUAAUAGUCUUGGACUAAGUCUUUGUACUAAAGGAUUUGCUAUAAUUAUUUUUAAAAAAACAGAUGCAAGCCUCAAAGAAGGCAUGUGGAUUAUAAGAUUUAUCUAGUAAAAAUUGUAAUUGAAUAUGUUUAAAUAUUUAAUUUCUCACUUCGGGGGGUUUUUGUUUUUUAGACGGCAUCUUACGCUGUUGCCCAAGCUGGAGUGCAGUGGCGCGAUCUUGGCUCACUGCAACCUCCGCCUCCUGGGUUCAAGCAAUUCUCCUGCCUCAGCCUCCCAAGUAGCUGGGAUUACAGGUGUGCACCACCACAACCAGCUAAUUUUUGUAUUUUUAGUAGAGAUGGAGUUUCGCCAUGUUAGCCAGGCUGGUCUCGAACUCCUGACCUCAGGAGUGAUCCACCCGCCUCAGGCUCCCAAAGUGCUGUGAGUACAGGCUUGAGCCACCACGCCUGGCCUUUGGGGGAUUUUAAUUACAGUAUUAACUAUAGUUCCAGCAUUUCCCACAUUUUAUAGUAGUAGUUUGCAGAAUAUUAUGUGCCCUAAUUAGCAGAUACAGACAUUAUCAAAUUAUAAUGAUAGUAUAAUUAUCCCUUUUUAGUAUUGGGGAAAGAAAAAUGAAAAUUCAUUAGUUAAUUACUGCCUUGUGUUGUGUGAAUUUAUUAACAAAUAACAUUAUUACAUAUAGGUCAUUGUUAACCAACGAACAUCAGUGAAAACCUCUGUGAAAAUUUUUUAUAUCCUGAUUAAUAUAUUCUGGCCCAUUUUUCAUGUGCUUCACUUUGAUAGAGUUAAUCCAUAAAAUUGCUCCCUACUUUAGCUUAUCAAAUGAAGUAUUAUUUUGUGGACUGGAGGCCAAAAAGUCAAUAUGAGCUUCUCACAGGUUUUUAAACCUCCACUAAAAAUAAUUAUCCACUUUUCUUUACUUCUGUUGACCAGAAUAGUUGAUAACUCUGCUGGAGCCUCUACUUACCUGCCAAAAGCAAUUAAAUCUGGUUAAUGCCUGAAACCAAAUCUCUCAGUCUCAAGUGUUAUACUAUACAAGUUUUACAUGGAAAGGUAAACUGUGGAGUAAUGAAAUUUUGGUUUUACUGUACAUUUUGUUAUCAAGAUAAUAUGCAUGUUUGAAAUCUUGUCUUUAUUUGUAAUUCAGUUACUGUCUGCUUUUAACCAUUUGCUUUCCUAAAGAAAGUUUGAGAUCCAGAGAGUUCAAGGGACUGGGGAAAGAGAGGCGUCAUUUGCACUUUGUACCUGUAAGUUAUGUAAUAAACUAUUAUACUCGUA